AUGGAGACUAAGGACCAGAAGAAACACAGAAAGAAACACAGUGGGCCCAAAGCUGAGAAGAAAAAGAAACGGCAUCUGCAGGAUCUCCAACUUGGAGAUGAGGAAGAUGCCCAGAAGAGAAACCCCAAAGCUUUUGCAGUCCAGUCUGCUGUGCGGAUGGCUCGAUCCUUUCACAGGACUCAGGAUUUGAAGACAAAAAAGCAUCACAUUCCAGUGGUUGCUCGAACUCCAUUAGAGCCCCCACCAAUAGUGGUGGUGGUGAUGGAACCUCCAAAAGUUGGAAAGAGCACUUUGAUCCAGUGCCUCAUUCGGAACUUCACCAGGCAGAAACUGACGGAGAUCAGAGGCCCUGUAGCAAUCGUGUCAGGUAAAAAGCGCAGACUCACCAUUACUGAAUGUGGGUGUGACAUUAACAUGAUGAUUGAUCUGGCUAAAGUGGCAGAUUUGGUUCUGAUGCUUAUAGAUGCCAGCUUUGGGUUUGAAAUGGAAACAUUUGAGUUUCUAAACAUCUGUCAAGUACAUGGCUUUCCCAAAAUUAUGGGCAUUCUCACUCACUUAGAUUCCUUCAAGUAUAAUAAGCAACUGAAGAAGACAAAGAAUCGAUUAAAACACAGGUUCUGGACAGAAGUCUACCUGGUAGGAAGAGAAUUAAUUUUUGAAUACUAA